CAGUCAACGAAGAGACGCCGUCUCGUGUGGAUCAACAGGUGCUCCUGCCCGUGUGACCAGCGUUCACCAGCAUGGGGACCGCAUACGUGUGCAGUGCAGUGGCCGUGCUCGUCGUGCUCUUCAUCACGGCGGAAGCUGGCGACAUGAUGCGCAAGAGCAUUGUUUUCGACAAGAAUACACCAGACGUAUUCUACUGUCCGCAACAGAAGCCAACCGGCUUCGAGAAGAUGAUCGUGAACGCGAAACCGUUGUCGAAACUUUGCCAGUUCGAAGGGAAACCGAUACCGCCGGACUAUAAAAGCGAUUGCUACAACGACGUGGACGAGACCGAGUAUGCUUGCAAAGAAAAGUAUAGAAUCAUGAAGCGAUUCAAAAAUGCGGAUGGGGAUGAGAAAGCAGCGGAUGACUUCGUCAAGAAAUAGAUGGGAAACGGUUGCUGCACGGCCGAACUACGUUUGCAAUUUCGCGACGCGCCAUUAAGUCCUCCACUAAUGCUCAAGCUUGCAUCCUACAGUCCUAUAACUAUAAUGCACUCUGUUGUUUAAACUAAUUUCGGACAAGGGAUAUAUUUACGUUAUCCUUAAGAUCGGUUCAGUUGACAGCUAUCGAUGACAAUUACUUCAUAUGUAAUAGUACAAUGUGUUCAAUUUAGUAUUAUAAUUUUCAAUUCAAUCUAUAUUUUUAUUUCUUUUUUUUUUAAGGCUGAGCAAUUAGAAUCAUAAGUAUUAGGGAUCAUAGCCUCAGGUGCUCUGUAGUUUCCAAGCUUGGUGGAUAAUUUAUAUUUUUGAUAAUAACAUUAAUAAAACUAACCACGACGUAGUUGGGCCGAUCGAUCAUUAAUCCCCCCACAAAUGGCUUCAAAAGCUGCUUCAAAAAACGAGAUACUAGUUAUGCAAUUUUUGACAUUCUGAUAACCAUUUGCACACUAACUUUGCAUUAUACAUUAAGUAAAACAGAUGUUUCCGUCCG